AGCACUUUCUUUACGUCUGCUCACUUUUCCAUGCAAAGUCACAGUACACGGACUCUCGUACCAGUUGAAAUCCUGAUCUGCAGGUUGUGAGAAUCCUUCAUCUGGACUCUUUAGUCUUCUAUUGCUCCACACACCUAAAUCACGCAGCCAGCCGGCUUCUCUCUGCCGUCAUUCAGCCUUGCUCUUCUCUCUCUUUGAUGUUUUAUUCCUGCAUCCUUCUUCUUCUUCAAUCAUUCACGACACAAAAGAAAGUUUCACAUAAACCCAAAUUUACUCGCCCAUAACUAGACCUACAAUAUGGUAGCAGAAACCAAACUCUACGAUGCCCUUUCAAUCUCUCCUACUGCCACACAAGAUGAAAUCAAGAAAGCAUACCGGAAAGCUGCCCUGAAGUUCCACCCGGACAAAAACAAAGACAACCCAAAUGCAGCAGAAAAAUUCAAAGAAGUGUCACAGGCCUAUGAGGUGUUGUCAGAUCCAGAGAAGCGGAAGGUGUACGAUCAAUAUGGCUUGGAGUUCUUAUUAAGAGGAGGGCAGGCUCCCCCUCCAGGUGCGGAGGGUAUGGAUGGCAUGCCUGGAGGUGGAUUCGCAGGAGGUAUGCCUGGCGGCUUCAGUUUCGGUGGAAUGCCUGGCGGUGGUACUCGCUCAUUCCACUUCAGUACCAAUGGCGGGCAAGGUUUCAGCUUUUCAGACCCCAACGACAUUUUCUCCAGCUUUGCUCGUGGUGGUGCAGGUGGGGGUGGAGCUGCCGGUGCAGACGAUGAAGACAUUUUCAACUUAUUCAGCGGUGGUGCCUUCGGCGGUGGACGUGGCGGUCCUAGGAGGAGCACGGGAGGAUUUUCAGGCUCGUUCGGUGGACGACAACCCCGACCUCAGACGCCCGAAGUCUCGGUGGUAGAACGACAGCUACCUGUCACGCUCGAGGAGUUGUCCAAAGGAGCUCACAAGAAGAUGAAGAUCAAGAGGAAGACAUUUAACUCUCAAGGACAACGUGUGACAGAGGAUAAAAUACUCGAAAUGGAUAUCAAGCCUGGCCUGAAGGCUGGGUCGAAAAUUAAGUUCUCUGGAGUCGGAGAUCAAGAGGAAGGCGGGACGCAAGAUCUACACUUCAUUGUCACGGAGAAACCACAUGCAACACUGACGCGAGACGGCGACGAUCUAAGGACAACGAUCGAGUUGGACUUGAAGGAGGCCCUCACAGGUUGGAAACGGACUGUAACGACGAUCGAUGGAAAACAGUUGAGUGUCUCGGGUGCCGGACCUACUCAGCCUGGAUAUGAAGAAAGAUUUCCCGGCCUAGGCAUGCCUAUCAGCAAGAAGCCAGGCGAGAGAGGCGAUUUUGUGGUCCAAGUCAAGGUCAAUUUCCCUCGGUCUCUGACGGCGGCACAAAAGGCAAAGAUCAAGGAAGCACUACCAUAGACGACAUCAGUCGCCACGAGAUGGUGUGUUUAGAUGCACAAACUUUUAAGGAGCCCGAUCUUGUCUCAUUGAAGAAAGAUGCCUUCAUGGGCAUGUGGUCCGGACAACCCAGAAUUUUGUCGAACGUCAUGGACUCAACAAUGAUUUGCAGAAGACGAGCAAUUUCAGGGUUGCAUUGUUAUGCGACUUUUUUCAAGAACGUGUGAAGGAGCACUGGCGUUUGGAUCUCAAAUAUGCCAUGAAAAUGCCAGCAAUUGAAGCGAAUGGAGCUUUUGUUAUAGGUCAUGAGAUCGUCAAUUCUGCACAGGGAGACAAUCGACGCUGCUGCUAUUUAUUCCCAUUGCCAUAAGCAGCAAGCAAUGACUGAAUGUUGAGAUGAAAAAAAAAGAAUUACGAUUUGCGUAGUCUACAUUUCGUACUUGUUGCGUGUAAUUAAUUAGUUAAUAAAAUCACAAUCUUACCAGAUGCUGUGAAAAGCCCAA